AUGGGUUCUUUUCUUCUUUUUUCUUCAUUUGCUUCUAUGCUCUUUGGCUUUUGUGCACUACUUAUGAUGGCAGACUUUGUGGCAUGCAGAACAAGGCACUACACUUUCAAUAUUGAGUACCACAAUGUGACAAGAUUGUGCCACACGAAGAGCCUUAUAAGUGUGAACAAGAAAUUCCCAGGUCCUGCGUUGGUGGCAAGAGAAGGUGAUCGAGUUCUUGUGAGGGUGGUUAAUCACGUUUCAAACAAUAUCACCAUUCACUGGCAUGGAAUUCGGCAGCUGGGAAGUGCUUGGGCCGAUGGGCCGGCAUACGUCACGCAGUGUCCCAUACAGACAGGACAGUCAUAUGUAUACAAUUUCACCAUCACUGGCCAGAGAGGAACUCUUUUAUGGCACGCUCACAUCUCAUGGCUAAGAUCUACCGUUUAUGGCCCCAUUAUCAUCCUCCCCAAGCGCAAUGAAUCUUACCCCUUUGUCAAGCCUUACAAAGAAGUGCAUAUUAUUUUCGGAGAGUGGUUUAACGCAGACCCAGAAGCUGUGAUUAACCAAGCACUUCAGACGGGUGCAGGACCCAACGUUUCUGAUGCAUUUACCAUCAACGGCCUUCCAGGACCAUUGUACAAUUGCUCAUCUAAUGAUACAUUUAAGCUAAGGGUGAAACCUGGGAAGACAUACCUCCUCCGGCUUAUCAACGCUGCACUCAACGAUGAGCUCUUCUUUAGCAUUGCCAACCACACGCUCACCAUCGUCGAAGCCGACGCCACCUACACCAAGCCCUUCACCACCACCACACUCGUCAUAACCCCUGGCCAAACUUACAAUGUCCUUUUAAGGACAAAGCCCCACUACCCCAACUCCACAUUCCUCAUUGCCGCCAGCCCCUACUUCACGGGUAGUGGCACGGUCGACAACACCACCACCUCCGGUAUCCUCGAAUAUGAGCCACCACCGUCGCACAUUAAAAAUCUCACCCUCCACAAACCAUCUCUCCCUCCCUUCAACGCCACAAAAUUCGUCAAUGUCACUCAAUUUGUCGCCAAUUUCACUAGUAGCCUACGUAGCUUGGCUAGCAAGAAAUUCCCCGCCAAUGUCCCACAAAGAGUGGAUAAGAAGUUUUUCUUUACUGUAGGCCUUGGCACCAACCCGUGCCCGAAAAACACGACGUGCCAAGGACCAAAUGGCCAAAAAUUUACCGCCUCAAUCAAUAACGUCUCGUUUGUGCUACCAAGUGUGGCUCUCCUUCAAGCCUACUUUUUUGGACAAUCCAAUGGGGUCUACACCACAGAUUUUCCCGUGACGCCUAAAACUCCUUUCAACUACACGGGGACACCACCGAACAACACAAUGGUGACGAACGGCACGCGCGGGGUGGUGCUGCCGUUCAACGCCAGUGUGGAGUUGGUGUUGCAGGACACGAGCAUUCUUGGUGCUGAGAGCCAUCCUCUUCACCUUCAUGGUUUUAAUUUCUUUGUUGUUGGGCAAGGAUUUGGGAACUACGAUCCGAACAAGGACCCGGCCAAGUUUAAUCUGGUUGACCCGCUGGAGGGGAACACUGCAGGUGUGCCCAGCGGUGGGUGGCUCGCUAUCCGCUUCUUUGCAGACAACCCAGGAGUUUGGUUUAUGCACUGCCACUUAGAUGUCCACACUAGCUGGGGGCUGAGGAUGGCAUGGAUCGUCUUGGACGGGCCCCAACCAAAUCAAAAGUUGCCGCCACCACCGUCGGAUCUUCCGAAAUGUUGAGUUUGACUGACCAAUAAUGGUCCGGAUAUUGGCCACGUGUUCUCGUUGAGUUGUCUUGUUUUUUUCCCUCUUCAUUCCGUUUUUUUAAUCGAUAGUUGUCAUAUUUAUAUAAUGAAUCAUGAGAAAGAUUCAUAACUAUUGUAAAUAAAAGAUAGUUAUGAGUUUGAUCUGAUGAUGGUUUUUCAGGAGUUUUGGUUGGUUUGUUCGCUUGUCUCAAUUGUAAAACAAUUCAAACUUGAAUGGACACGUUCCA